UUUCUCUUUUUCGAUAUUCGAUAACGAACACAACCACCAAUCAUAUUUGUUCAUAUUAUUAUUCUAAUUCCUAAACCCUAAUCCUCCGCCAUUAUUCCUAUCUAUCUCCUCCUCUUCUUCUUCUUCCGAUUAUUCAUUCUCGCCAGAUCUCUCCUAUCCUCUCUUACCAACAACCAUGGCUUCUGCGACCGCCACGUGGACCCCUAACUCCCUCCAGCUCCGUCUCGCUUUGAGCUCCGGUGUUCGCCGGAAAUCGCACACCGUCUACUUACGGCCCUCGCGUUCUUGUAGGAAACCGGGUUGUGGAGUUGUCUGUGUUUCGCAGAAGUCUGAUGUCGAGGCCUGGACCGGAUCGGAUUCGUCAAAGCCACCAGCCGAUGGUUUGGCCGGGUGGGCCGAUUCCGGUAACGACGAAAAGUCUUCUAGAGCUAAGAAGAAGAGUUGGAUUGAAGGUGUAGUGGGGGCUGGAGUGGCUGGACUCAUCUUGGUGGGUGGGCUAAGCUAUGCAGUAGCAUCUUUUAACAAGCGUAAUAAUCACAAACUAAAACCGGAAUUGCAGCCGUUGACUUCUCAGCAGGAAAGCGCGCUUCUAUCAUCUGAUGAAACUUUUAGUGAUGAAGUCAAGAUAGCUAAUAGUGAGGAAAACAAUCUUAAGGACGAGGAUAAGAGUAUAGAAAGUAAUGAUUUAGGUCAGCAAGGCGAUAACGCCUCUGAUGAAGAUAAAAAAAUCGGUAAGUUCGAUGGUGUCAUAUCUGAUGGAACAGAUGUCACAGAAAAUAUCACUUCCCAAACUUCGCCUGAAGCAGAUGUGAUGCUCCCUGUACAAUCUGAUCCUGAGACACCAGAAAGUGAGAAAGUAUUAUCUGAAUCCAAGUCUAUGUUAGAUUCAUCAUCUGAGGCUAUAGAUUCACAAAGUAGCAAUCUUGCUGGAUCGGAAAAUCCAACUUCUGAAGAUCCUGAUAGCCUUCCAGACACUGAAGCGACCAAUGUGACUGAUUUAGAAAAUCAAGUCAACAGUCAGAAAGAAGAUUCCAUGUCUUCUUUAUCUGACAGUGAUGCAGCCACCGGGACUGCAGCUGUUGGCGUUUUAGCUACUUCACAAUCGGAUUUGACUUCGGAUCCUCACACAGUGCCUCUAAAUGACACGGGGACAGCAUUCUCGACUGUAACUGAGGAUCUUCCUGAGGUAAGCGGAACACCCGAGGACUUGGCUGCGGAAAGUAUGUCAUCAGUCUCGGACAUAGAUACAACGAAAGAAAUUGAAUCUUCAAAAACUCCUGUGCCAGAAUCAACAUAUUGGUCAAAAAAUGAUCUAAACAUUAAUAGUCAGGACGAGCUUGGCGACAACGGACCGCCUUUGGAAGUACCGAACGGUGGAAGUGCAUUUUCUUCAGCUGGAAUUCCUGCACCUUCUGUAUCAUUUCAAGUAAAUCCUGGAAAGAUUCUUGUCCCCGCAGCUGCAGAUCAGGUCCAGUGUCAAGCAUAUGCUGCUCUGCAAGUUCUGAAGGUCAUUGAAACUGACACCCAACCUAGUGAUCUAUGUACUCGCAGAGAAUAUGCCAGGUGGCUGGUUUCUGCCAGUAGCGCGCUAUCAAGAAACACGACCUCCAAAGUGUAUCCUGCUAUGUAUAUAGAGAACGUUACUGAGCUUGCUUUCGAUGAUAUUACUCCUGGAGACCCUGACUUUUCAUCCAUUCAAGGAUUGGCAGAAGCAGGACUUAUCACAAGCAAGCUUUCUAACCGCGAUUUGCUUAACGAUGUUGAAGGCACAUUCUUGUUUUCCCCUGAAAGCCUUCUUUCACGCCAGGAUCUUAUAAGCUGGAAAAUGGCCUUGGAGAAACGACAGCUUCCAGAAGCUGAUAAAAAGAUGCUGUAUGAACUAUCAGGAUUUAUUGACAUCGAUAGGAUAAACCCAGAUGCAUGGCCUGCCAUUAUCGCAGAUAUAUCUACCGGGGAACAAGGAAUCGCUGCUCUGGCUUUUGGUUGUACAAGAUUAUUUCAGCCUCAUAAACCCGUCACUAAAGCCCAAGCUGCCAUUGCUCUCUCAAGUGGUGAGGCUUCUGACAUAGUCAGUGAGGAACUGGCACGCAUCGAAGCAGAAACAGUGGCUGAGAAGGCUGUCUCUGCGCAUAACGCUCUCGUUGCAGAGGUCGAAAAGGAUGUGAAUGCCAGCUUCGAGAAAGAGCUUUCCAUGGAACGAGAAAAGAUUGAAGCUGUCGAGAGAAUGGCGGAACUGGCGAAAAUGGAGUUGGAGCAGCUGAGGGAGAAGAGAGAGGAAGAGACUCUGGCUUUGGUAAAAGAACGAGCUGCAGUUGAGUCAGAAAUGGAGGUGCUCUCAAGGUUAAGACGUGACGCGGAAGAGAAGUUGGAGGAUUUGAUGAGCAACAAGGCGGAGAUAUCUUUUGAGAAGGAGAGAGUAUCCAAUCUUCGAAAAGACGCUGAAGAAGAGAGCCAACGGAUUUCAAAGUUGCAGUAUGAAUUGGAAGUUGAGCGUAAAGCGCUGUCCAUGGCCAGAUCAUGGGCCGAGGAGGAAGGAAAGAGAGCUAGCGAGCAAGCAAGAGCUUUAGAAGAGGCUAGAAAGCGAUGGGAGACAAAAGGACUCACAGUUAUUGUUGAUAAAGACCUUCAAGAGAAGAGCAGUGGAGAGAUGGAACAAAGCGUAUUGCUAAACAACGUUGAGAGAGCUUCGGUUGGAGAAACUGAGGAGAGAGCUCAAACCCUAAUGGAUAAGCUUAAGGAUAUGGCGGCAUCUGUGGGAGGAAAAUCCCGGGAAGUGAUCUUCAUUGUGAUGGAGAAAAUACGUUUGUGGAUUAUGGUUUUGAAGGAAUACGCAGAGAAUUUGGGGAAGCGAGCGGGGGAAAUGAGAGAGGCAGCCAUUGUUAGGGCAAAAGGAGCAGCAAAGGAGGUUGAAAAAGGGACAGUUCAGGUGAGCGAUAAGGUGAAGAGAGUGGCUGAGGAGUGUAGAGAUGGAGUUGGGAAGAUCUCUCAGAAGUUCAAGACCUAAGAGAGUCCUUGCACUUAGCUCUUUUUGUUUGUAUCUUUUUUGUUUUUAAAAUAAAAUAAGAGAAAAUAAUGGGACGGCCAUUACAUUUACAGUAUUGGUCAGUGAUGAUCAGAAUUGAAAAUUGUAUCAUUUUGUAAUUUUUGUUAUGUGGUUACUAUUUACACUAGUACUAUAUGCUAUAGUUGCCUUAAAGUU